GGUCAUUUCGCUAUGGGGCAGCGCUGGGGGCGGCUCGGCCUGAGGCGGCGGCGGCUGCUGCUGCUGCUGCUGCUCCCGGGGCUGCUCGGGGGUUAUGGGGGGACGGUGGAAGCAGAAGAAUCAGUGCCGUGUGGGACCCCCGUGGGGCGCCGCGUGGUUGGGGGUUCGGGGGCGCAGGCCGGGCAGUGGCCGUGGCAGGCCAGCAUCGCCUUCCGCGGCCACCACGUUUGUGGGGGGGCCCUCAUCGCCCCCGCUUGGAUCCUCACCGCCGCCCACUGCUUCCCGCCGGAGAACCCGGUGUCGGAGUACCGGGUGACACUUGGGGCCCUACAGCUUUUGUCCCCCCCUCCGGACGCCCAAGUGCUUGGCGUGGCCUCUGUCACGAGACACCCGGCCUAUCGCGACGACGGCGAGCACGGGGACGUGGGGGGGGACCUGGCGCUGGCUCGGCUCGACCCCCCCGCCACCCCCAACCGCCUGGUGCGCCCCGUCUGCCUCCCCGGGCCCGGCACGCGCUUCCCGCCCGGCACCAACUGCACCUUCACCGGAUGGGGCCACAUCCGCACCGCCGUGCCGCUGCCGCCGCCGAAGCAGCUGCAGGAGGUGGUGCUGCCGCUGCUCAGCGCCCGUCGGUGCCGCUGCAUCCACCGCGCCGGAGGCACCGGAACGCCCGCGGCCGACACCCUCUGCGCCGGCCCCGAACGCGGCCAACGCGACGCCUGCCAGGGCGAUUCUGGGGGUCCCCUUUCGUGCCGUUUGGGGGGUUCGUGGCUCCUGGCGGGGGUUUCGAGUUGGGGCGCCGCCUGCGGGGACCGUCCCGGCGUUUACACGCGGGCGGCCGCUCACGCCGCCUGGAUCGCCGCCGCCGUCCCCGAAGCGCCGCUUCGACCCCCCCUGAACCCCUCUGAUGACGACGACGACGACGACGAUUUGGGGGUUCCGUGUCCCGACGACCUCGAGGAGAACCCCCCGGAUUGGCCGCGCCCCAUCGCGCCCGCGGAAGGGGGAAACGGGGGGCGCGCAGAGCCCCCCACCGCCCUCCUGCUGCUGCUGCUGCUGCUCGGCGCCGCCGCCGCCGCCGGCUACUGAAAGCGGAGCGUGGCUACCGAAAACGGGGCUCCG